AUGGAGCCAGAAGCUCUAGAUCUCUCCCUCUCUUUCUGGCACAUACUCAUUGGAGAAUAUCUUGCUGCUGUCCAGAAUCAAAGUGCAUGCACCGCCUGUAAUCAAAUUCGUCUGGUAAAAUACUGGGCUACGUUGAUUUUUGGAAUUGAUUUGGUUAAACCCAAGUGA